UUGAUAGCAUUGUGUAACUAUAAUUUACAGAAUAAAUUAUUUGAAGUGCUAUCAAACAACUUUAGAUCCUUUUAAAUUCUACACUAUAUUGGAACAUUAUACACAUAUUUUUUAUUUAAAUUAUCCAUAAAAAUUUAAUUCUUAAAGGCAUAUGUAAUGAUUCACAUUAAUUAGAUUACUCUAAAUUCAAGCUGACAGUACUUUUUAUGUGUCAGACGACGUGGCACUUACAGAACUAAAUGUAAAUGUAUUUAAUACAACCGUACAUGAUUUCAUUUGAAUAUUUUAUUGGAUGAGUUUAUUGGAUCUCAUGCUAUAGAACAGAUAUAAGAGAAGCAUGAUGCUUAUGUACCUGCAGUUGUGCGUGGAUAGUCAAAUGUGCAUAAGGAAAACACUUUACAAUUGUCAAUGUGUAAAUAUAAAUAGUGUUAAUCGUGAACGUUUAUUUACAAAACCUGAUUAAAAAAAUGGAGGUAAUUACUUUAACGGAUAUUUAUAAUCCAACUACACUCUUCUCUAAUGAAGUGUUGCCCACACUUCAAAAUUUUACUACAAUAACUACAGUGGGACCACAAUUUGCAAGGCAGAUAAUGCGUUUUAACAAUCAAACAGUUGUUAGUAAAGUACCUGAAGAAAUGUUACACUUAAUUGAUACAUAUUGGUACCGGUUUCCACCAUUGGAUCCAUUAUGGCAUAAAGUCUUAGGCUUUGUUAUGAUCAUAUUGGGAAUUAUGGGUUGGUGUGGUAAUGGUGUAGUGGUUUACGUAUUUUUAUUGACACCCUCCUUAAGAACGCCGAGUAAUCUGCUUGUAGUAAAUUUGGCUUUUUCUGACUUCAUAAUGAUGGGCUUCAUGUGCCCACCCAUGGUAAUUUGUUGUUUCUAUGAAACAUGGGUUCUGGGACCUUUAAUGUGUGACAUUUAUGCAAUGGUUGGUUCAUUAUGUGGAUGUGCUUCUAUUUGGACAAUGACAGCCAUUGCUCUUGAUAGAUAUAAUGUUAUAGUAAAGGGUAUGUCUGGAACACCCCUUACUAUAAAAAGAGUAAUAGUUGAGAUACUAGCUAUAUGGAUGUUUGGUCUAUUGUGGACAAUUUUUCCUAUGGUGGGAUGGAAUAGAUAUGUUCCAGAGGGUAAUAUGACUGCAUGCGGGACGGAUUAUCUUACACUGGAUUGGUCCUCGAAAUCAUACAUAUUAGUUUACUCUGUAUUUGUUUACUACACACCGUUGUUCACUAUUAUAUACAGCUAUUACUUCAUUGUAUCGACUGUCGCGGCACACGAGAAAGCAAUGAGAGACCAAGCAAAGAAAAUGAACGUUGCAUCUUUAAGAUCCGGAGAACAAGGAGGUACUAGUGCUGAAGCGAAAUUAGCAAAGGUAGCAUUGACAACAAUCUCGUUAUGGUUUAUGGCAUGGACACCUUAUCUGGUGAUCAAUUAUAUCGGAAUAUUCAAUCGUACUCUAAUCACUCCUCUCUUCACUAUAUGGGGCUCUCUAUUUGCCAAGGCGAACGCGAUAUACAAUCCAAUCGUUUACGGAAUCAGUCAUCCAAAGUAUAGAGCCGCAUUAAAGGAGAAGCUACCAUUCUUAGUUUGCGGAUCAACCGAGGAACCCGCCGCUGCAGGAGGAGAGAAGUCUUCGGAAGCCGCUGGAUAGUCUUAGGACAUUGGAAUCCGGGAAUGCCACUACCGAUAAACGUUCCUCUUUACUAGACGUUGAUAAAACACAAAACUUUCACGUUGCUUGCAUAAUUUAUUUGCAUUUGUAUUUAUAAAAUUAAGGGUACAGAUACGACGCUCACGUCAUAUCUCACAUUAGUGUAUGAUGCAUGCUUACUAAACUAGUAAACACAGAGCAGAGAUAGUACCUGCUAUACCAAAGUGACCAUGUAUAAUCGCUGCGGAAUAAACUGUACAACGUUGAAACCGUCACCUAUGACUCGACGCUGCACGGUCCGCAUUGUGGUGCGAAUGAGAACCGUACGCUGAUCCAUCGGCCAUGGAUGGGAUCAGAACGUCGUUGAUUUAUUCCCGCAGUUCUGGAACAGUUCCGUAUACUGGAGAUACGCGUUCGAAGUAGAUGUGCUUGUUCCGACGAUGGCGUGCCCCGCUUCCUCUUCCUCCUCCUCGGACGACCCGCGAUUUCGAUCGGAACGCGUUCCCCGUGAUUUGUACAAAAAGAUUUCUCAACGCGAGAACCGAUACUAAUAUUUACAAUUCCGUGUCUGUAAUGAAACUUAACAUCGUGAUUAUCCUUUACAGUUCAUCGAUCUUGGCCCGGUUGUGAUCUUUCGUCGCAUACGAUGUUUCGCGCGGAACCGUGGUCGCUUUACGCGUUAGCUUUCUCGCCGUCCGCAACGGUGGUGGUGCCAGAAACGGUGGAGGUCGCGUCCGUCGGUGCUGGCUCGGAGGCGCACGCCAACGACGGGAAUUUCUGGAAGAGCGCAGCUCGGUAUUUCGGAU